GGGAGGGAGGAAGGGAGGGAGAGCGCGCUAGCGCGAGAGAGCGAGUGAGCAAGCGAGCAGAAAAGAGGUGGAGAGGGGGGGAAUAAGGAAGAGAGGAGGAGAGGAGAGAAGGCAGGAAGAAAGCAGGGAAGACACCACCAUGCUGUGCUGUAUGAGAAGAACCAAACAGGUUGAAAAGAAUGAUGAGGACCAAAAGAUUGAACAAGAUGGUGUCAAACCGGAAGAUAAGGCUCAUAAGGCUGCCACCAAAAUUCAGGCUAGCUUCCGUGGACACAUAACAAGGAAAAAGCUCAAAGGCGAGAAGAAGGGCGAUGCACCAGCUGCUGAGGCCGAGGCAAACGAGAAGAAGGAUGAUGCUCCCAUUGCUGAUGGUGUGGAGAAGAAGGAGGGAGAUGGCCCUGCUACUACCGAUGCAGUCCCAGCCACCAGCCCCAAGGCUGAGGAGCCCAGCAAGGCAGGAGAUGCGCCUUCUGAGGAGAAGAAAGGAGAGGGGGAUGCAGCCCCCUCAGAGGAGAAGGCCGGCUCAGCUGAGACAGAAAGUGCCCCUAAAGCUACCACUGAUAACUCGCUGUCCUCCAAGGCCGAAGAUGGCCCUGCCAAGGAGGAGCCUAAACAAGCCGAUGUGCCUGUCACUGAUGCUGCUGCCACCUCCCCUGCUGCAGAGGACGCUGCCACCAAGGCAGCCCAGCCUCCAACGGAGACUGCAGAAAGCAGCCAAGCUGAGGAAGAGAAAGAAGCUGUAGAUGAAGCCAAACCUAAGGAAAGUGCCCGACAGGAUGAGGGUAAAGAAGACCCCGAGGCUGACCAAGAACAUGCCUGAACUUUAAGAAAUGGCUUUCCAUGUUGCUCCCACCUGAACCCUGUCUCUCCCGCCCUUUCUCUGCUCCACUCUGAAGUUUCCUCUCCUGUCCCACUCACGUGUGUGAGCCUGUCCUCUCCUACCUACUAGCCCCCUUUCUCUGUGUGGCAAACAUUUAAAAAAAAAAAAAAGCAGGAAAGAUCCCAAGUCCAACAGUGUGGCUUAAACAUUUUGUUUCUUGGUGUUGUUAUGGCGAGUUUUGGUAAUGAUGAUGCAGUCAUCUUGGGAAAUUCUUGCACUGUACCCCAGUUUUUUGAUCUGGUGCGUGUGGCCCUGUGGGAGUCCACUUUCCUCUCUAUUCUCUCUGUUCCAAGUGUGUGUGUGUGUGCAAUGUUCCGUUCUGAGGAGUCAAAAAUAUCAAGUGAAUUCAAAACCACUUCUGUUUCCUUAUUUUCAAUGUGAUGGAAUGAACAAAAAAGGAUAAAAAAUUAAAAAAAACCCGGUUUGUUUUAAAAAAUAAAUAAAUAAAACAAAUGUGCCAAUUAGUGUAACUUGAGGCUGUAAGGCUCCUUUUUCAAUCUGAAUAUUAAUAAAUCAUGACAGUAAUCAA